AUGACCACAAAUGAUGAUUUUAAUCAAUAUGAUAGAACAUUAAGAGGCAUAUUAUCUACUUUAAAUAAACAGCAACUAUUAGCCACCAAAUUCAAUCCAACUAAAGCUCUACAAGUGAUCGCUGGUCCUGGUACAGGCAAAACAAAAGUUUUGACCUCAAGGGUUGCUUAUUUACUGUUACGUCAUAACAUAAAGCCAAAUGAAAUUAUCGUGACAACUUUCACAAAUAAAGCCGCAAAGGAAAUGAUAGAAAGACUGCAAAGUCUAUUUAAAGGUACAGAUAUUGAUUUGAAAAAUCUAUUCAUUGGUACUUUCCAUGGGAUCUGUUUAAAGAUUUUAGGUAGGUUCGGUUAUAAAAUUGGAUUGCAGAAUGGUUGGAGGAUUAUUGAAGAAAGAGAAAUCGAUAAUAUAAUUAAUGAAAUUAUAAACAAUGUACCUGAUCAGAUCAGAGAUUAUGCAAAUUCUUUUAAAAGAUUGAUUAAUCUUUGUAGACCCAAUAAAUCUGGCGACAGUUGGACAUUAAAUUGUCAAAUGAUUAAAAGAGAGAUUUCCAAAUUGAAAGCAAACGCAAUGAUUCCAGAAGAAUAUAAUAACGAACAAGAGCAUGACUCUGCAUUAGCUUAUUUCUACCAAAAGUAUCAAGAUAAAUUACAUGAAUUGAAUGUUUUGGAUUUCGAUGAUCUUUUAAUGUACUGUUUCCGUCUUCUAACUAAAGAACGUUGUCUACCUAACAUUAAACAUGUUUUUGUGGAUGAAUUCCAAGAUACAAACAGUAUCCAAAUGGAUUUAAUGUUUUUAAUGGCAAGAGGUGAUCAUCAUAUCUCAAGAGGUAUAACAGUUGUGGGUGAUCCUGACCAAAGUAUUUACUCCUUUAGAAACGCAUUAGACCAAAAUUUUCAAGAAAUGGUGAAUAAAUCUCCAAUCCCAUGUUCUCAGAUUGUUUUAAUUGAAAAUUAUAGGUCAACACAAAAGAUCUUAAAUACAAGUGAGAUUUUGAUUCAACAACAAUUAAAAGGUAGAACUCUGAGAGCUCCCUUGCAUGCACAAUUCGAUUGUGAUUUUCCACCGGUUUAUAUAAAUUUCCCUGUUCUUUUUUUACAAGGUCCAUCUUUGGCUAAAGAACUAUUAUAUUUAAAGGCUUUACCGAAUUUGUUCACUUUUGAUGACUUUGCAAUCUUAGUUAGACAACGCAGACAAAUUAAAAGUAUUGAGUCUUCAUUGAUUGAACAUAGAAUUCCGUAUAAAAUAAUUAGAGGUAGAGCUUUUUGGGAAUUGAAAGAAAUUACAUCCAUGUUGAAUCUUCUUCGUUGUCUUCUAUCAGAUAAUGAUAAAAGCGCAAUUUUACAAUCUUUAAUCUACCCGUCAAGGGGUCUUGGACAGACAACAUUAGAAAAAAUCGGGAUUAAAAUGGAUGAAAUGAGUCAAAGAAAAAAUCUCAAUCCAUUAAUGACACUGAGAAAGAUCAAUUCUAAUCAAAUACCAUUCAGUAUGACUACAAAGAUACGAUCUGUGAUUUCCAAUUUUCUUACAAUGAUCGAUAGUUGUAGAACUAAUAUAGAAGCUAAGGUGACUGAGCCCAUGUUAGACAAGCUGUUUGAUAAAAUGUAUCAGGAUUCAGGACUAGAGAAAGAAUAUUUAUAUGAGGAUUGUACUAAUAAUAAAAAGAAAUUACCAAGUGAUACAGUGAAAACAAUAUCAGCUAACUAUGGAAAUGUAAGACAUAAAAAUGUCGGGAUACUUAAAAGAUAUUUCCUUGGAAUCACACAGAUUGAAAGUGACAAUGUACCAUCCGAUGAUAAAUUAGAAGCUUCGACAAUAAGUGGUGUUUGUUUAGAUGACAUCACUCUUCGUGAAUAUAUCGCCAGGUUUUUUAAUUCAAUAUCAAUCUUUAAUGCAGCAAAUGAGGAUUUGCAAUAUAAUGAAAAGGAAACACAGGGAAGAGUUACUAUAUCCACAAUUCAUGGCUCAAAAGGUUUAGAGUGGCCUGUGGUUUUUAUUCCUGGUUGUGUUGAAGGGAUUAUACCAAGCAUAUUCUCCAGGGAUGGUGAGGAGAAUGGUGAUGACGAAAAUACUGGUAAUAAUACUAGUGAUGAUAAAGGUGAUAUGAAAGAAGGUGAUGACCUAAGCAAUUCUUCAAAUGGAUUCAAUAAUGGCACCAAACGUCCCAAAAACAUCGAUGUCACUUUAGAUGAAGAACGUAGAAUGUUUUUUGUGGCGCAAACAAGGGCAAAAGUACUAUUAUAUCUUUCUUCUAUAGAUGAAAAUGAAGGCAAUCCAAUGUUAGGGGGACCAAGUCGUUUUUUGACGCCAAAUUUACUUGCUACAUUGGUUGAUGAUCAAAAAGUAUUUGCAGAUAUUAAAAAUAUUAAAUCAUUAUACCAUGCAAUGAAGAAACCACUUCCUGGGAGAAAUAUUAGUGAGAUAUUCUCGUUUAAGACAUUACUUCAAGAUUAUGCCGAUUUUAUUUCAAAUAGGCGUGAAAAAAUGGUAUGGGGUGGUCAACAAAUUUCAAAUAUUCAAAUGUUACGUUUAGAAAGGAAUAGGCUCGGUACAUCAAGUGCUCUUCUAUCAGAUUUUAGUACAGCUGCAGAUCAGUUAAAAAUUGAAACACAACUUAGUGGGACUAAAAAUCAAUAUGCCUCUACACAUAAGAAAAGCAAACAGUCAGUAAUAAACAAUAUACAAAUGAGUCCUCAAAGAACAUAUGCACCAACGUCCGGCAUUAAAAGAUCAUCUAGUCCAAGGAAAAUCUUUGCUCCGUCUAUUGAUGAUAGAGUAUCACCAAUUAAAAAGAAACAAUAUACAGGGAAAGAUGAAAGUGUACAACAACGAAGUCUAGUAGAUAAUAAUAUUGAUAAUAUUUCUGUUGAGAAGCCUUCUAUAAGUAGUAGCAAACCAUUGUUUCCUUUAAAGAAAGAGAACUCCUUUGAAUAUUUGAAGCCUGUUAAAAUAGAGGAUAUAACAGCAUCGGAAAUUCUACAUAAUCCUGAGGAUUUGACUGUUGAUGAUAGACCUAUAGUUGCCAAUGCUAAACUGCUUGCAGACGCCAUUAUUAAUAAAAAGAAAAAUCCUAGUGAAGUGCUAAUUAAGAAAGAAGUGGGGCAGGAGCUUCAGGACAAAACUCUAAAAGCUAAGACUAAAAAAGAUAAACCUUCGAAAACAAAGAGAUCAUCAAUUCCUCAAUUCAAAAAGAAGAAUGAGAAAACGGAUAUUACAAGAGAAGCAUCAUCUAGUCAAUUUGAUAUCUUCUCGCAAUUAUCAAGGGCUAGGAAAAAACCCAAAAUUAAAGACAAUGAAAUUAUUAUCAUAGAUGAUUAA